AAACAGUGCGACAUAACCUAGAAGUGCGAUGUAGUCGGCCAUUCCGUGCGAUGUGACGGCCAUCUUGUGAGCAAGAUGGCGGCGGCUGUCAAAAUGGCGGCGCUGCUGGCGUUGCUGGCGCUGGCGCAGGCGCGGAGGGAGCCGUGGACCAAUGGGAGCUGGUUCAACAUGGGCCUCCUCGAGUUCGAGAAGUGGUCGAACCAGGACCUGUUCUCCGAGAAGUCCCGCCUGUGCGGCAAGCUGAGAGGCUUGACGCCAGGGCAACGGCGCGUGUGUCGACGACACCGAGACCAUAUGACUGUGGUCGGAGACGGGGUCAAGCAGGGCAUUAGGGAGUGCCAGCAUCAGUUCCAGCAGAGAAGAUGGAACUGCACUAUCAUGAAAGAUGAGACGGUGUUCGGACCUCUCACUCUUAUAGCGUCGCGAGAGACAGCCUUCACGCACGCUAUCACGGCCGCUGGCGUGUCGCUGUCGGUGUCGCGCGCUUGUCGCGACGGACGACUGGCCAGUUGCGGGUGCAGUCGCGCUGCGAGGCCGAGGUCGCUGCAUUCCGACUGGGUGUGGUGUGGAUGUGGCGACAAUGUGGAUUACGGAUACAAAUUCACCGAAGACUUUGUGGACAUUCGGGAGAGCGAACGCAAAGUUAAACGAGGCAGCAGAGAACAGGGCAGACAGCUGAUGAACAGGCAUAACAACGAGGCAGGGCGACGGGCAGUGAUCAAGAAAUCUCGCGUCACCUGCAAAUGCCACGGCGUGUCCGGUUCCUGCAGCCUGGUCACAUGCUGGCAACAACUGGCCUCCUUCCGCGAGAUAGGCGACUACCUCCGCGAUAAGUACGAAGGUGCCACGGAAGUGAAAGUAUCCAGGCGAGGCAAACUGAGGCUGAGCGACCCUCGGUACAGGCUACCUACGGCCCAAGACUUGGUCUACCUCGAGCCGUCGCCUGACUACUGUGUGAAGAAUGACUCUCUGGGUUCCCUCGGCACAUCAGGUCGCGAAUGCAGCCGCACAUCCGCUGGCAUGGACGGCUGCGCUCUCAUGUGCUGCGGGCGAGGUUACAACACUAAGAAACUGACGGUCAAGGAGCGAUGUCAUUGCAAGUUCCAUUGGUGCUGCAGAGUCGAGUGUAACACCUGUAUUAGGACCGUCGAGAUCUACACUUGCAAGUAGGACAUGUCAACAUAGACUCAGUUGCGUAAACAACAGUGGUGACAGUUCCGUGGCAUGGGUGCCUUCAGCUUUAUGUGCUAGGUGAAGCAACAACAAGAAACUGACGGUCAAAGAGCGAUGCCAUUGCAAGUUCCAUUGGUGCUGCAGAGUCGAGUGUAACACCUGUAUUAGAACCGUCGAGAUCUACACUUGCAAGUAGGACAUGUCAACAUAGACUCAGUUGCGUAAACAACAGUGUUGAAAGUUCCGUGGCUUGGGUGCCUUCAGCUUUAUGUGCUAGGUGAGGCAACAACAAGAAACUGACGGUCAAAGAGCGAUGCCAUUGCAAGUUUCAU